GAAGCCCACAGGCAAUGGCAGAGCCCAAUGGAGAUGGUAAAAAGACUUUUCCCCCUUCUCCUGGAUUUCCUUUGAUCGCUAUGCUUUUGAUUUUCCACUGGAGCCUUUGAGAUUGCGGCGUCUUUUCUGAUCGUGAUGCUUCGAUCCAUAGAUUUUCUCGAGAUUCUUCAUCGACUGGAGCCUUGGAUGGUUCUCGAUUUUUAUGGAAGGUCAAAUAUCUUUUAUGUGGGACAAGACAACACAGCGCAAUGUGUGUCGCGGUGUCACCUUGGAAGCCAUCGAUGUGUCCUGCACACGUAGUGGUGGAACAAAAAUCAUGGGAUAAUGUCGCUGCCUCGCCACGAGCUGGCAGCAUGGUUCCGCAAGUUAAGCUUUCUCCUCUUUAUUUUUAAGCUUGCGCUGAUCGGAGCGUUAGCUUUUUGAUGUGUUUGUAGAUUGUGAUAGAGAUUCGUGGCAAGCAGCAGAUUGCCACAACAUCAAUCCGCAAGCUAUGGCAACUGUGCGAAGAAAUUCUCGCUCAGAUAUCGAGCACGAAACUUCUAGGCGCGGUGAUCACACUGAAGUAACAGUUCCAGCACUCGAGAGGAAUGCCCCUUAUUCCGGAAAGAAAGCUGUUACUCGAUCUCGGACGCUGUCCAUCGCUCCAACGGGGCAGUGCACUCCAAUUCUAGACGAUGACGAGCUGGGCAGUAAUCUGGAGCCAGGGUCUCGGCCACGGGAGAGCGAAGAACAGCUUGACUAUUCUCUUGGGAAAUUCAGGGGUUCCGCCAAGUAUUUCUUCGUUCGCUCUUUGCUGUGGUUCAAGGAUCGAGGCGAGGGGAAGACAGUUGAUGCUACUGAGGAUGUUCUUGCCAGAUACCACAACUUAUACCUCUAUGGAGCGGUUCCACUGACGAUUAAAGUGAGAACAGCCAUUCGCAGUGGUUCUCUGGGACAUAUUUUACUGUGUCUAGAGUUUCUCGCGGCUAUGCUGUCGAUUGUGGCGUACUUAAGAUCAACCUAUGCACAGACAACGCAGCUCUGGGCUCUAACAGUGAGAAAAAUCGUAGCUCUCUUUUUCGUGGCUGAUUAUCUCUUAAAGGUCUACAUUGCUCCUGUCCGUUUCUAUUACAUAACCUCAGUAACUGGAGUGGUUGAUCUCUUGAGUACAUUACCAAUACUUUCCUUGUGGAGCAAGUUUCGAAAUGAGGGUGCCAUUCCUCAGAUGCUACUGGUUCUUCGAGCCUUAAGAAUUUUGCCUGCCUUUGCUGCUUUUGGGAUUGUUGGCGGUACAGUUGGACAACAGAUUUUUCUUCUAACGAUCUAUACACUUGGCGCCGUUUUUAUCGCUGCUGGAAUACUUCAAUGGGUUGAGUAUAAAGCCACCUCCGCUGCAACCAAGGCAGAGGAAGGCUGUGACCCCGAAGGCUGCUUUACAUUUUACGACGCUUUUUACUUCAUCGUCGUUACAAUCACUACUGUUGGCUAUGGAGACUUUACACCAAAAUCCGAUCUCGGUCGGCUUGUAACACUUGCUGUUAUGCUUAUAGCCGCGCUUAUUCUUCCCGCGCAGUUUAGCAAAAUUUUGCAGCUUGCAUCACGAAGGCCCUAUGGUGGAAGGAUUGCUGUGCAAAAGGCUAUCGGUUGUAACUUCAUAGUCAUAAGUGGGAAGAUUUCUUUUCAGACCGUUCGACAUUUUCUAUCUGGAUUCUACCAUCCCAGCCAUGACAAAAAUAUGGCAGCAUUUCCUGUCCGUGUAGUUGUCAUGGCUCCAUUUAAACCCUCGUACGAUAUGAAGACACUGCUUAACCGUUACGAAGGACGGGUUGAAUUUAUCGAAGGAACACCGAUGAAAGAGUCAGAUUUAGAUCGAGUGUGUGCUUCGUUCGCCACAGCCGUGUUUUUACUUGCGGAUGAGCAUGCAAAGGACUUUGAUGCUGAAGACUCUGCUCAGAUAACACGAACUCUUUCCGUGCAUCGUUACUGUGGACCCAAUGUUCGAGUGAUUGUGGAGCUACUGAAACCCGAGAAUUCCAACAAUGCCAUCUGGGACGAAACUGAGAGUGGAAUCGAGAUCAUUUCUCCCGAGGCAGUGCGCUUUCAGCUCUUGGCUCGCAGCUGCCAUGUUCCCGGAUUUUCUACGUUGGUGAUCAACCUCUUUCGAUCAGGAUCACUCCUAAGGCAUGCAAAUCCAUGCCACUGGAUGAGCGAGUACAAUGACGGCCUUCGCCAGGAAAUAUUUCCAGUUAUCUUGCCGUCUUACUUUCACGAGGAGAGUUUGAAGUAUGAAGAGGUUGUGGAGAUUGUAUAUAUGAGCUACAACGUAAUUCUUAUCGGUUUGGAUGUGGUGUUACUGAACAAAACUCGUGCUGUGAAACUCUAUCCACGAGGCCGUCUCGUCACUCCAAGCGACAUUGGCCUCGUCAUCGCCAAAGACUUGGAAACAGCAGAAGCUGUUUCAAAGCACUCUAAAUCCAAACGAUCGAUUAAACGAGCAGCCACUGGUGUCAAAGUGGCCUUGAAAAGCAUAAAAAAGUCCCAGCAGCACGACAUGGAAACGGGGAUCGGAGAAAACACCGACUCAUCCAGUAUCAACAGGCAACAGACGGAUCUCCAAGCCCAGUUUCGCCAUUUCUACAAACCUUCGAUCGACGAACAACAGCAAAAUCAGUCAUCAGAGGUGGACUUCGUGUCGUCUCUCGAGGAGGCGAUCGACGCAGCGAUGCAGUGGCCUCCUCUCCGCAAGCGCUACAAACCGGUUUCGCCAGUCCUGGAAAGAAGAGCAGACGCAAUACAAGCAAACCUCGAACAGCGAACGAUGCGAGUGGUUCUACUGCCUCGACCGCACAUCCUGGUGUGCAUCGAAGGCAAGUGGCCUCUCAAUCUCUUCUACUUCGUGAGCAACUUGCGAACAACAGCUCCAGUGGUUCCUGUGGUGAUCUUGCAUCCAAAUACGCCCAGCGCUCCAGACUGGGGAUGCGUCGGCCUCUUCGACGACGUUUUCUUCGUCAAGGGCUCGGCCUUGUUCGAGCUCGACUUGGUGCGAGCCGGAGUUUUACAGGCCCAAAAGGUGGUGAUACUCACGCAGAGAUUCGAGGACGACGACUCCAAGCCCCGGGAGGACACGGUUUCAUCGCCAGUGAAUACUCUGGACGUGAAGAACAUCGUGAUCGCCGCAAAUGUGGAGAGGCUUGUAUCCCCGGCCAGGGACCGAGUCCUGGUGGAGCUCCAGCAGGAAAACCAGCUCCAGUUUCUACGUCCGCAUUAUAAGAUCGACGCCAUGCAGUUCCAUCACAAGGAUUUCCAGCGAAACUCAGAUGCAAAGCUCCAGUUUUGUCCUCCCUUUACGGCAGGCAAAGGACUUUGCCCCGCAGCCUUCACAUUCUUGACAUAUGCUACGUAUUUUAACAGGAACACUCUAUCCAUAAUCGAGCAGCUCUCCUGUGGGAGGCGAGUUGGGGACGAUGAAGAUGGUGAAGUAAACUCGAUACGCAAGCUGGAGCUAAUUCCAGUACCAGACUGCUACAUUGGCUUGAGCUUUGGGGAGAUGUUCGCUGGACUAUUGCGCAACGACAAGGCCUCCUUGGCGUUGGGCCUUUACCGUCCCCCUGGAACACAUUGUUCCUUGGUUUCCUAUGUUAGUACCAAUCCAACCUCGUCUAUACAGCUUGUGUAUAGGGACUUGAUCUAUGUCCUCCACUAGAAGAAUCACACAAUUGAUUUUAGUAGGUGUUCUGUUGUUUUAGUAAUUUAACACAAAAUAAAUUUCUUUUUUCCUGAAA